UAAUUAUACCCCCACCACAAAAUGUGGGGGGGGCUAUAAUGGAUUCGCUUUGUCGCGUCGGUCGGUCGGUCCGUCCGUCGGUCGGUCCGUCCGUCUCCAUUUUCGUGUCCGCUCUAUAACUCCUAUACCAAUUGAAGGAUUUUCUUCAAACUUGGCUCAAAUGUUCAUCUCAACAAGGGGAUGUGCAGAACCCAUGUUGCCCAUGUGUCAGCUCAAGGUCAAGGUCACAAUUCAAGGUCAAAUAUCAAACACUAUCAAAUAUUACACAGUAUGUCGUGUCCGCUCUGUAAGUCCUACACUACUUGAAAGAUUUUCUUCAAACUUGGCUCAAAUGUUCACCUCAACCAGGGGAUGUGCAGAACCCAUGUCGCCCAUGUGUCAGCUCAAGGUCAAGGUCACAAUUGAAGGUCAAUUAUCAAACAAUUAAGUAUUACACAGUAUGUCGUGUCCGCUCUGUAAGUCCUACACUACUUGAAAGAUUUACUUCAAACUUGGCUCAAAUAUUCCCCUCAACAAGGGGAUGUGCAGAACCCAUGUUGCCCAUGUGUCAGCUCAAUGACAAGGUCACAAUUGAAGGUCAAAUAUCAAACGAUUAAAUAUUACACAGUAUGUCGUGUCAGCUCUGUAAGUCCUACACUACUUGAAAGAUUUUCUUUAAAGUUGGCUCAAAUGUUCACCUCAACAAGGGGAUGUGCAGAACCCAUGUUGCCCAUGUGCCAGCUCAAGGUCAAGGUCAUAAUUGAAGGUCAAAUAUCAAACAAUCAAAUAUUACACAGUAUGUUGUGUCCGCUCUAUAAGUCCUUCACUAAUUGAAAGAUUUUCUUCAAACUUGGCUCAAAUGUUCACCUCAACAAGGGGAUGUGCAGAACCCAUGUUGCCCAUGUGUCAGCUCAAGGUCAAGGUCACAAUUGAAGGUCAAAUAUCAAACAAUCUAAUAUUACACAUUAUGUCAUGUCUGCUCUGUAAGUCCAACACUACUUGAAAGAUCUUGGCUCAAAUGUUCAUCUCAACAAGGGGAUGUGCAGAACUUAUGUCACUCUUUUGCUGGCUUAAGGUCAAGGUCACACUUGAAGGUCAAAACUUGACUUAGAAAAAAUUCUUAAAUUUUAACAGUUAUUUGAAUAUUCUAAAUAUAGAAAAGGUAUUUGCUUGAUACUUAAAAUAUUUUUGAAGGGUCACAAAUACGAUAUGCUGUUCAAGUUUCAUAACUCUGUAUUGCAUUUAAACAAAGUUAUGCCCCUUUUUAAGUCUUCAAAUUUACAUACAAUCAAAUAUUAGACAAUAUGUUGUGUCCGCUCUAUAAAUCCUAUACCAAUGGAAGAAUUUCCUUCAAACUUUACUCAAAUGUUCACCUCAACAAGGUUAUGUGCAGAAUCCAUGUCACCUUUGUACCGGCUAAAGGUCAAGGUCACACUUGAAGGUCAGAAAUUGACUUAGAAAAUGUUCUUAAAUUUUAACAUGUACUUGAAUAAUUCUGAAACUAGCUCAGGCAUUUGCUUGAAACUUAAAAGAUAUAUGAGAUGUGGCAAAUAAGAUAUGCAGGUCAAGUUUCAUUACUCUGUAUUGCAUUUUGACAAAGUUAUCCCCUUUUUAAGUCUUCAAAUUUACAUACAACCAAUACUAGACAAUAUAUUGUGUCUACUCUAUAAAUUCUAUACUGAUGGAAGGAUUUUCUUCAAACUUUACUCAAAUGUUCACCCAAAAUGGGUGAUGUGCAAAACCCAUCUUACCCUUGUGCCAGAUUAAGGUCAAGGCCACACUUGAAGGUCAAAAAUUGACUUAUAAAUAAAAUGUUUAAUGCAUUGGGAAAAUGAAAGGUUAUUUGUAACUGUUUCGAACAGUUUUGAUAAUAUAUAUUUAUACUAUUACCUGUACAAUUAGUCUUUUUUUCACCAGAGAUAAUUUCUUUUUAUGUAUUUGUGCCACAUAAAUUAUUCCCUUAACCACCUUUCCAAGUGGUCUUCUGUCAAGGACAUUGGUGGGGGUAUGAAUCGCAUUCAGCGAUAGUUCUAGUUUGAAAUGGCAACACCAAUUUAUUAAGCAUUUGUAAAUCAUGUGUGUUCUCUGAAAUCAUAAUGCAUGAGUAGUUGUGCACCUGGGUAUGUUUAUGUGGAUAUUUUUAGUAUUUUAGAGUUAUUGCCCCUGACUUAGAUUUUUUUUUGCAAUUUUCAACUUGUGUCGCAUAUUUGUAACUCAAAAAGGAUUUGACACAUGUAACUCAAAAAGGAUUUGACAAAGAGUCAUGAAACCUAAAAAGGCAAUGUUGCUCAGCAUAUGUAAUUGUGCACCUUGGGUUUAUCCAGUAUUUGUAGAGUUAUUGCCCUUGACUAAGUAAAAACUGUUUCAUUAUGUUGUGUUAUUUGUUCCUUGAGUGCUUGAGUUAGAAUCAACCAACUUUACAGGAUUAAUGAUCAACAUCACUAAAUUACAGGAAUAAUGAUCAACAUCACUGUGAAGCUAUACACCUGGGACUUUGAAUGUGGAUUUUUUCAGUUUUGUUAUUGCCCUUGACUUACAGUAGUAUAAAUUUGUUAAGAUUUCAAUUUAUUUGGGAAGAUUUUGAUUGUGUUAUUAUGCAAAUACUCAUCUUGUCUGAAACUCUUCAGACAUACAUGUCUGACAUUUGGACAUGUCCCAAUGUGGCCAAAUUAAUAUCUAAAGUUAUGUGAGAACCAUUUCUAACAACGAAUCUCAAAUGACCAAUCUAGGGCCAACAUGGCCCUCUAGUGAGAGUAGCAAUGCCUUCAUUGUAAGUCAAAGUUCAUGUUCCCUUAACUGGGGCCAGCUUUCCAGGCAUACAAGUGUUUGUGUUCAGUCAUAGUUAAUGUUGGUUUUCCUUGGUUUCAUACAAAUUGUAGUUAAAAAUAUUUCUUUUUUUCCAGAAAUCAAGAUGGCACAUGAGACACAUUUAAAGAAGAAUAAGUACCGGCAGUGGGUUAAGGCAGGCCUAGGCUUGGGUUAUCUUAAAGAGGGACUUGCACCAUUUUGUGAUGGCAUAGGAAGACAGCAGCACAACUAUAUUAUAAACCAAAUACAACAAACAAAGACUCCUCAACCAAAUGUACCGUGUGGAGUCUGUCAGAUAACAACUCUCCAGCCAGACCAUGUUAGAGUCUCAAAAGGGAUAUGUCCCCUCAAGCAAGAUAAAUGUAACUGUUGCUUUCCAAAUAAUAAGAAACCAUGUCCAAACAAUGUAUGUGGUGCCAUCUAUGACAGCAUUAUACAGAAUCAUGCGUCAAUACCACCGGCACCUUUUUGGAAAAACAGUGAUGUCCAACAGUGGUCAACAGACCCGUGGAGUAUUAGUAAAUGUUUUAUUAAUGCUCCUGGGUACAAGGACAAACCAUCAGCAGUCGAUACCGACUGCACAGGGUUGCUUCAUGUUAUCAUAAAUAACACAUAUUUUCAUAGUCAUAUUGGAUGCAAUAUUACAGGACCAAACAAUCUUUUUUCAAAGGUACGGCAAUAUCGAAAUGAGAUUUUUCACUCUAGCAAUAUGGAGUUAGAGGAGAGUAAGGCUAAUUGUUAUAUUGAUGACAUGAUAGCUGUUCUACAAGAUGGUAAGGAGCUUGUACAUCGACAUGAUGCACAACAAGCUGUUUGGAAACUCCAAGAUUUGAAGAAGAAAGAUUUCAUUAUUACUUCUGAAGGCUUUGAAAAAAUUCUGAGAGAAAUCAAAGACGAAAUGUCAAAAGUUCGGAAAUCAACAGAAAAUUCUGCAACUAAAGAGGAAUAUGAUGAUCUAAAGAAGAAGCUAAUAGAACUUGAAACCAAAAUGUCUGACGAACAGAAGGGAAAACUGGAAAAUGAAAAAGAAGUUGCAGAACUAAAGAAAACAAUUACUGACCUGAAGAAGAAGCUAAUAGAACUUGAAACCAAAAUGUCCAAAGUAAACGACGAAAAUCUUGAGAAUGCAGAAUUGAAAAAGAAACUUGGAGUUUUGGAGGCUCUUGUUUCAGAACAGAAAGAGGAGAUGGCAAAUAUUAAGACAGAAACUUCCUCAGGUCAAAGUCAGGCAGAGUAUGAUCAAGCCAAGUUAGGUUGUCGUACUCAAUUGAUAGAACAUUAUCGCAGUGAUGUACUUAAAGUAUCAGCAAUACCUUUACAACCAGAUGAGGAAAAUUAUAACUUCAGUGACGUUUAUAUAAGACCCACUUUAACAAGCAAGAUAGAAAGGAGCAGAGGGGAGUCUGAGGAAAAAGAAAUAAAGUCUAUGUCAGAGAUUUUCACAAAGAAUGGGGAUCCACAGAAAUUUAUUUACGUUGUUGGAGAUGCAGGGUCUGGUAAGAGUAGUUUCUGUAAAUAUUUGAUCAACUGUUGGUGUAUGGCACACAGUGAUGGACACAAUGACGAUGAUGAAUUUGAUGGAGUCAAAGAAAUGAAGAAAUUUGAUUUCAUGUUUUAUAUUUCUCUUAGACAUAAUGUAAAGAUCCGAAGUGUCCAAGAAAUGCUUGAAUUGCGAUAUGAUAAGAUAAAAAAUUUAAGUAAACUUCUGGAAAAUGAUUCUGAAAAGAUAAUUAUUUUGCUUGAUGGUUUAGAUGAAUGGUCUUUUGACAGUGAGACUAGGAAUGAGUUCCAGGCAGGCCUUCCUGAACGUGACUUUACAAAGAAAUACACCAUUGUUACUACAUCACGGCCAUGGAAAAUUCACAGUUUAAGAGUAAGUAAUAGAGAGAUUCAUCAAUUAUUGAAAUUAAAAGGGUUUGAUAAAACACAUGAAAAAGAAAUGAUUAAGAAAACAAUAACAGCAUUGAACGAAUCAUUAAAUCCAAAUGUGUGUGAACAAAGGCUUAGGGUACCAUCUCUGGUUGGCCUGAAACAGGUACCAAUUAUGCUGCAGCAAUUAAUAUGUCUUUGGUGUGAUGGUAAACUCGAUAAAACAUCAAGGUGUGCUAUUUAUACUGGUAUGUUAGAACUUUAUUUCACUUGGAAUAUCAAUAAAACUUUAUGCAAUAAUACAGAAUGUAUGGAAAGUUCACAGAAUGUUGAACUCCCUCAGUAUUUAACAGAUGUAGAGAUAUGUAGAUUAAAUAGUAAUCUUAUAUAUGGUGUAUCACGCUUGGCUUAUCAGACACUGUUCAAUUAUCCAAAGGAUAUGUCCUUAACAUUUGACAAAUCUGUUUUUGAUGAUUUGAAAAUAUCACAUGAAGUGCGUGAAAAUUGUCUGAAACUGGGGAUUUUGACAGAAGAUAAAUGUCCCUCUCUAUCUGUAUCCAAGCCUAAAAGCUCAUUGUUCUCUUUCAUUCACAAAUCAAUGCAAGAAUUUCUGGCUGCAGUGAACAUUGGUAUUCAUUUUAAGAUAAGAAUAAGUUUGUCAGAUAGUACCCAAACAGAAAAUGUUGAUUUGCAAAGCCAGUGCAUUCAGUUUGUUAAUGAGGCUUUUCAGAAAUGUUCAACAGUAAAUGACAUAUUAGAGCAGUCAAAUGUUGUCAUUUUGCUAUGUGGUCUAGAAUCUAGAUUAGCAACACAUGUUUCAAAAUACAUAUAUGAUACUGUGUCAAAAGACUCUUGUGUUCAGGAAUACAGGAGAACAAUAAAUGGUAAUAUUGAUAGGAACUUUGGUUGUAUUACUGAUAUUCAAAAGCUUAUGUUUGACUCAAUGGAAGAAUUAAAUGCAACAUGUAGUAUAGGAAGUAAUACUGUAUUUUAUAUAGGAGAUUUGGUCAUUGAUAGUUGGGAUCAGUAUUGUGAUAUUGUUUAUACAGGUAUUGAUCAGAAACAAAUUGCUCCUGAUUCUGUUCUGUCUAUUUAUGUAGAUGACAUCAACACAAAAAAUGUUAAAUUUACAAAAUAUUUACCAAUGUUUCAUCAUCUUGAAAAAAUUGCAAUAAGAUAUGAAACUGAAUUACAAAGGUUAUCACCGAGUAAUAAACAGAGAAUAAUUGAGGUAAACAAUUGUGUUUCUGAGACAAUUAAAGUAAACACUUUAACAUUAAAAUCUCUGACUCUUGAUGGUACCAAUCACACUGACAAGCAGUAUUACCCUGUGUUUAAAACAGCUGUAAGUUACCUACCUAGUAUGAUCAAUCUUGUAGCAAUAAGAAUGAGUUAUAUAACAAUGAGUCAUGAUGAUACUACUACAUUUUGUAAUUUUCUUGAGAGAACCAGUCAUCUUGAACAAAUACAUCUUGAUUGUGUUAAAUGUGAGUGUAUGAAGCAGCAUGAUGUAAAUUUAUCAAAACAUCAAAAACUUCAGUACCUUUAUUUGUAUGAUACUGUUAGUGUGAUAGAUGCUGAUGCUACAAACCUUGAAAUAUUUAAAUUUGAUAAAUUGAAAAUUAGUAAUUAUGAUAAAAUAUUUGAUAUUAUUAGAAAAUCUAACAAAUUAAAAAAUCUUAAAUUUUAUGGAGAAUAUUACAAUGAAUCUCAAUUAUAUCAUACCAACAUAACAAAGAGACUGGUUACAGUAUUACCAUUGUUACACAAUCUCAGUGAGCUUGACUUACAGUCAUGUAGGUUAACUGACAAUAUAAUACAGUUACCUUUAGAGAUGAAUAGUUUAAAGCACAUUGGACUUGUUCAUGUCACAAUGAGUUUGACAACAUGGCGGAAGUUUGUUGAUAGUCUUCCUAUGUUUCCUCAUACUGUAGAUGUGGGUGUAUGUUACGGUUAUAUAACAGGAGAUGGUGAGGAGUUUGAUGAUGAACUUGAUGGGUCAAUAUUGUCAUUACAAGGACUUAACGGAGGGAAGGGAAAUGAUGCAGUACAGUAUGUAAAAGAUAAGGAUCAGUUAUUUCAUGUUAAAUAUGAUGAUGAUGAUUGGUUUGUAUUUUCAACAAAAAAGUGAUAUAGUAUACAUGAAGUUAACAUACUGUUGGUGGACCACGAAAACCGGGCAACCACCAAACCCUGACAGCCCCGAAAAUGCUUAAUUAAAAUAUUUUUCUUUGUUCAUUGGUUGUCGAUCUAUCAGUGACUUUAUAACAACAAUAAAUGCAUGUUUCUUCUAUAAUUAAGAAAUUAGAUUUAUUUCAAUGGUAAUAUUUUAAUGUCUUUUCAUUAAAAAUUUGGGGGUUAAGAGUGCAAUACUUGACCUCAUAUACCAGUUAUAAUCAUUUGCAGAGUAAACAAUAGAAUAUCCAAAACAUCGGCAUUUGCUGCUGAAAUAUUGUAUAUCAUGUUAAAAAUAAAAAAUUGAAACACCCUAGCAUUUAAAUGAAUUAAAUCACAUCAUGUACAUAUCUGUCCGGACACAUGGUACUGUAGUGUAGACAAUUUAGGUAAUUUUGAUACCCUCCUUGACGAGCCUCAGAUAUAAGUGUCAAUAUAAUCAAAAAUAGUCAAACUAGUUUGUUAGUUAUGAGAAGAACCUAGCUGUACUGUGUCAAAUUUUCAGGUCUCUAGGUUUGAAAUUAUGAAAUCUUUAUGGAAAAAUGUUCAAAAAGUGUCCGGUUGAUGGUCCCUGACCAGUAGUGUUUAAACUAAAUUAUUCCAUGUUAAAAGAGAUGAUAAAUUUGGAUUUUUUUUUUUCAUUUUCAACACAAAAAGGUUUGAAAUUUUAACAUAUAGGAUUCAUGUAAAUUAAUAUAGUGUUUAAUCUAAAUUCUUUCAUGUUAAAAGACACAAUAUAUAUCAAAUUUGUUUUUUGUUUUGUUUUCAUCAAAAAAGUGAUACUUAUGACAAGUAAUUUGCAUACUGUUGUAAAGUUAGAGAAUAAAUAUAUUACAUUAUUAUAGAUAUAAAUCAUCUGAAAUAUUGAGUUGUUAUUUCUUUAUUUCUGGUCAUUUUAACAAUUUUUUGAAGUACUUUUAAUAUUAAUAUUGAAAUUGAAGAAAGUAAUAUUCAGAUUUCAUUUAUAAAUAAAUAAAAGAAAGAAAUGCAGUGAAAUAUAAUAGACAAUAUUGAUCUUAAUAAA